CAUAGGAGUUCCCUUGUCAUAAAAGUGCUGGAGUUCCUUCUGUUUCCUCCUUUCCUCCAAACCAAUAGUCCAAUUACUUGACUUUCAAAUCAUGGUGCUCGCAACCUCUGCCAACCCUCGCCAAGCAAGCAACGACGCUAACAACGAUGGUCGCAGCAAAAAUUCGGAAGCAUACUGUGAACGUCUUGCACUUAACCUCAACACCGUAAAGGAACUUCCGGUGUCGUGUCGUCAGUACGAAGGCAUCGUACAAAAGCUUGAGACCAAGGAGAAGGAAUCAGCAGAUCCUUUUGCUGGCAUGUGGGCAGGAUCGGCCGCCAAGGCACGAUCCUCCAGAGCGCAAGGACGAGAACAUCAUGCCAAGAUUCAACGCCGCUUGACAACCGGAGCGACUUCGACACGCCGGUUCAGUAAGUUGGAAGAAAAAUAAAAUCGUCUUUUCUUUUCUGUGUAUAUUUACUCGGUAGAGUGGCUUUGCUGAUGUCUUUUGCUGAACUGCGGGGAGACGUCUGGUAUUAUUGUUCGGGAGAUGACACUGUGUGCGCCUCGCGUUCAUAUGAUACGCACGCUUAAACCGAAAGGUAUACCUCGUCUACUUUACCAAUAAGACAUUUUACGUACAGAAAAAAGGAUUUUAUGGUCCAGU